AUGGGCAAUCGUAUGGGCAGUGGCAUUCAUGGCGACUCCCCCGGUGCGUCGCAGUUCAACACCCGACGGCGUUAUCAGCAGCACAAGCGCGAAUAUUGUCUGCAGGAUGAGUAUCGCUCCAAGACACUGCCAGCACGUCGCGGAGCUCACGACGAGACGGGAAAGUCGUCCAAUCAGCGUGUGGGCUCCAGCGGCUGUUUGGCCACAGGUGGUGGACCGGGUGGUGCUCCACUGCCCGCCGACGGAGCGGCCACAGCAACUCCAACCAGUGGCGAGACAUCGCGAGUUCUGUUUCUGCUCUACUUAAUACACCGCACCUGGAACGUAGUCAUGGACACAAUGGACACACGCACCAAGAGUCGUUCAUCUCGCAAUGCGUCGUCGCCCCAGAAAGAGGUUCCAAACGAAGUGCAGUCUCGACGGCCAGACCGACCGCCCGACAACGUCAACGAAGAGUGCUCCAUCGGCAUCACCGACAUUGAUGCCUCCUCUUACUGCUCGCAGUAUUCCUGCUGCAGUUGCAGUUACUGCGAUGAGAGGGGGGUGCCGGGCGCCCAAACGAACGACUACAGCUCAAUCGCUGACAAUUAUUCACUCGAUUCGAUAUUCGAGCCACCAAAAUCAAUGUGUCCAAGGUAA